GAGAGAGAGAGAGAGAGAGACGUUACCUGUUUGACCAGGAGAGGACUGAAUUCCAUCAUUCUUGUAUCGAUCCGAUACCAAUCCUUCCUUUGGAAUCGGUGGUAUCUCUACCACUAAUAGUUAGCAGCGUGCUAGCUGCUAUGUAAGCACAUCGUAUUAUAAUGCAGCUCGCGGCGAGUAAGUCAGUGUUAUUGUUUAUCUAUUAUGUCGUAUAAAAGACAUAUGUAAUGAUCAAUGUCAGGAUAAAAUCGUCUUCAUGUGGGAGAUGCUUCUCCGGCUAGCAUCAUAGCUUGUUAGCUGCUAACAGGCUGAGGUUAUAUAGGGUGUGAGUGGGAAGUGUUGUGAUUGUGUGGAAAUGUAUAACGUACGAAUGCUGAGAGCGUGGGUGAAUCAGCGACUGACUGUGGCUGUGGAAGAAAUAUUUGUCGUGUUGGAAAGAACGGUAGCAGAGUACGAGGAGGAAUUGUCUCGAAUAAAAGAGGAGAACAAGCGACAACGUCAACUACUGCACGCCUUUUUUAAGCCUCGACUGGAAUCACACAUAUCAGCAGACAUCAGUGAUUAUCUUCCCCCUGGGCAGAGGGAGUGGAGUGCCAGGAUGGAGCAAAAAGAGCCACAGCCCUACCAUUUAAAAGAGGAAGAGGAGGAACUACAGCCCACCAACUUACAAGAGGAAGAAGAGGAGCCACAGCUCCUUCACAUUAAGGAGGAAAAAGAGGAUCAUGGCGUCUGUCAGGUGGGAGAACAGCUCGAAGGACUUGAGGACUUGUCCGUGAUUAGUGUCGUUGUGAAGAGUGAAUAUGAUGACGACAAAAGUGAAAAUGAGGUAAAGAGAAAGGGGGAGCCUCCAAGCACCUUCUUAACUCAACAUAUGACAGCAGAAGCUGAUGGAGAUCACAGUGGAGCAUCAACAGCAGAAACCCUCUUUGCUCGACUAUCAGAUAAUGAUGACACGUUACGCAAUCCUGACACUGAUGAUGAAGACUCUACGUCUGAUAAGGCAUGGCACGCUAAAAACCCACUCAGCUGCUCUGAGUGUGGGAAAACAUUUAGCCAUAUGGGAAAUUUGAACGUACACAUGAAGAUCCACACAGGAGAGAAACCAUUCAACUGCUCCGUUUGUGGCAAAAGAUUCUUUCGGAAGGCACAUUUGACAUCACACACAAGAAUACACACGGGAGAGAGACCUUUUUCCUGUUCAAUCUGUGGUAUAAGUUUUACGCGAGGUCAAUAUUUAAAAAUACACAUUCGAAGACACACUGGGGAAAAGCCAUUUUCGUGUUCAAUUUGCAACAAAAGCUUUUGUGACCGAAGAACACUUGUCGCACACACGAGAACACACUCCAGUGAGAAAGUGUUGAGUUGCAGUGUGUGUGAUGAAAGAUUCUCUUAUAAGUACCAGUUUACCAAUCACAAGUGUGCUGGUGAGAAUAGCAGCAGUAAAUGAAGACAAACACAUGUGUGCAGCUGACACGGGUCUGAAAUACACCCUCGUCUUCAUUAUUUGUGUUCGUGCAUGUGAAUUGCCCAGUGAUCGGGUACAUUGUUACUUAGCAACAGCAGCAAAGGACUGUAAGAUUAUAUGUGACUGAGUAAGCAAAGUAUGCUAAUUUAUAGCCACCGGUGGUUUAUUCAAGUAAUAUCUCACCAGAGGCAGCACUUAAUGCUCUGUAGGCAAAGCAACUAAAAUUGUUACCUGUGGCAUAAUUAA